GAGGCAACAGGGGAAGGCUCGGAGUUUCGGCGGGAAAUGCACACAGACGACACGAACUGUUGCUUUGAGAACGCAAAUAUGACACAGCACUCGAGAACGGUACGGAAGCACGAAAUUUGGACGUUUUCGAGCACGCUGUUUUCGGGCUCGAAAUCAGUUCGUUACUCGAAGAGUCCGCUGGUCGGGGCCGAGCUGCAGAGGCCAGAUUGAUGCGCCUGCAAGGAGUGGAUCAUGCAUCUUCUAUGCCGAGGAUGACCAGACGUCAGACAGAGUAGUGGCUCUCCCACCUGACAGACGGACCAGAAGAGAUUUUGUGGAAUUGAAGCAAGACGCUGGAACGAGGUAAGGUGCCGGAGACGGGUGGUCGAGAAUGAAAAAGCAGCAGAGUAUCUCUCGUUUUUUCACCGCCACUUCUACGACCUCGUCUUCCCCUUCUCAAAACGACGCCAGCGGCUCGGAACGGAGAAAUGCCGCUUCCACUGCCCUCGGAAAGGUUGAGGGUUUAUCCCCGACCGUAGAAUGGCCUCCUCGGCCUCGUUCUGGUCGUGUAGUCCCUCGCUCAGCCAACAAAAGGACUAGCUCCCAUGAUCCAAUGCCAGGAGAGUCGAAGAGGAGGGCGGUUGAACAGAGCAAGGAUGGAGGAGCUCUUGGAUCGUCUGAUCCUGUGGUCUCUGUGGGUAUAUUGAAUGUACAGAGUUCAAAGGCUUCUUGUAUGCCCAUAGAUCUCAGUGAUGAUCUUCCCGUGAGAGAUCUGGGGAAGGAGGUGACUGAACAGAGGACGACUGGAGGGUUUCCCGAAUCGGCGUCAUCAGUGGGAGAUGUGGACAAUUCAGAUGUAGAGAUGUCAUUGCGCAGCCACAAGGACGGUGGAGCUGCAUGCUUGGGAGUGCAAUGUGCAUCACAACGUCCAUACCAGAAUGAGGAGGAGGAGGAGGAGGAGGUGGACGAGGAGAGCAGGGAUGGAGGUGAUGAUGGGCUGCAAUGUCCUGAGCCUCUUGCUGUCGCGGAGCCAGAUGAUACUGCCAAGAUGCAAGUACAUGGAAUUGCCGGUGCUCUUGAUUCGCUUCCGAGCCUCAAGCGGAGGAGGAAGGGCAGUUCGUCUGACGUUAAGACGGUGCAGCAGAUUCCCCCUUCCAACCCUGUCAUGCACAGGAGAUUUGUUGAGAAGCUUUUAGCACGCGCUGAUUCCAGCGGUGAUGUGAAGGAAUCCUGGUAUGGAAGUCCCCCAACAGGCAAGGAGAAAUACACUCCGCUGGAAGUCCAAGUAGCCGAACUGAAGGCCAAGUAUCCGGAUGUGAUGUUGAUGGUAGAGGUUGGGUACAGGUAUCGAUUUUUCGGGAAUGAUGCAGAAACCGCCGCUAAAAUUUUGGGAAUUUUUGCUCACUAUGAUCACAGUUUCCUCACUGCAAGCAUUCCCACAUUUAGGCUGCAUGUUCAUGUGCGGAGGUUGGUGGAGGCUGGGUGUAAGGUGGGAGUGGUGAGACAAACCGAAACAGCUGCACUAAAGUCUCAUGGCCCUAAUAAAACCGGACCUUUUACUCGAGGACUGACAGCCUUGUACACUCGUUCCACUUUAGAGGCUGCUGCUGAUUUGGGGGGAGAAUCCGAGGGUAGAUUGUCAAGAUUGAGUAGCUAUCUUAUGUGCAUAGCAGAAAAACCCAUAAUAGAUUCCAAAGGAAGUGACAAGAAGCGGAUGAAGGGCGAUUUUAAUACCUCAAGAGAGGCGGAUGCCCAGCGCGGGAGCUACGACACCGAGUUGGGCAUGGUUGCUAUUGAAGUUGCCACAGGGGAUAUCAUGUUCAGUGCCUUCAGAGAUACUGUGAUGAGAACUGAACUGGAAGGGCGCUUGCUUGCCUGCACUCCUGUAGAGCUUCUUCUGGCUUCUCCACUUUCACCCCAGACAGAGAAGCCUUUGAUGGACUUUGCAGGGCCGACAUCUGAAGUUCGCGUGGAACGUGUUUCACGAGACUGUUUCAAGGAUGGAGGUGCAUUAGCUGAGGUAGUAGAAUUCUACAGGAGUGGUGCAGAUUCUUCUGAUAAUUUAGUUGGAACACGCGAAGCAGAAAGUUUUAAUGAAGAAUUGGAGGUUGUCAUGAGAAUGCCAGACAUCGUAGUGCAAGCAUUGGCUCUUGCUUUGCGAUAUUUGAAACAAUUUGGCUUGGAAAAGGUGCUGAGAUUGGGUACCACAUUUCGACCUUUUUUUACUCAAAAUGAAAUGAACCUUUCGCCCAAUGCGAUUCGCCAGCUUGAGAUCCUCAAGAACAACGCAGAUGGUAGUGAGAAAGGUUCUCUACUCUGGUUGUUGGACCAGACACAAACUUCCUUUGGUGCCCGACUAUUAAGACACUGGGUUACUCAUCCGCUUUGCAAUCAUGAACAUAUAUCAGCGCGGCUCGACGCAGUGACAGAAAUUGCGGAAUCAGUUGGGUGUGCAGCUCAAACGACGACGGGACCUUUCUCAGGUAGCAGUAAAGCUAUCGGAAAUGGUGGAGCUAUCAAUCGUCUCAGUCAUGGAGUUCAAGGUUUGAUUGGUGCUGCUCUCAAUAUUGUCGGGAGAAUGCCAGAUUUGGAACGUGGUAUUACUCGAAUAUUUCACCGGACUGCAACAGCCGCAGAGUUUGUUUCAGUUAUGCAAGCUCUUGUGACAUGUUCCAAGCAUUUCGAGCGAGCGCUCCCGGCUUUUGAGCCUGUGAAUCACAUGAGGGAGGAUGACAAUGCAAGGGAAAUAAGAGAAAUAAAGUCUCCUCUUCUUCAGAGGCUUAUUUCAGCUGUUUCUUCUGAAGCGAUUUGUGAACAUGCGAAUCGACUUUUGUCUGCAUUGAAUACAGACGCCGCACAAGCCGGAGACAAGCUUAAUCUUUUCAACUGUGAAGAUGGCAGAUUCUCAGAGGUUUUAGCACAUCGUAAGGCAAUAAAAGUCGUAGAGAAGGAGUUAGACGGGUUUUUGCCUGCCUUUCGGACGCUACUGCGUCUUCCAAAUCUGCAGUACAUGUCCGUUAACGGGUCUACGUACUUGGUGGAGGCUCCGGUCGCACAACGAGUUCCCGGAGAUUGGAUAAAAGUGAAUAGUACGAAGAAAACACAUCGGUAUCAUCCACCUAAUGUACUCAAGUCGCUCCAAAAGUUGGCAGUAGCUUCAGAACAAUUGACGGCAGCAUGCACAAGAGCUUGGGACAUGUUUUUGGAGGAAUUUUCUUCUCACUAUGUCGAGUUUCGAGCUUCUGUUCAGGCGCUCGCAGCACUUGAUUGUCUGCACUCUCUAGCCGUGGUCUCGCGUAAUCAGGGAUAUACACGGCCUGAGUUCGUAGGAGAAGACGAACCCUCUCAGUUCGGCGUUGAAGCUGGCCGCCACCCGAUUCUGGAUUCAACUCUGCAAGAGCUUUUUGUUCCAAAUGACACCAAUCUUCAUGCUCAGAAAGAACGCUGCCAAAUUAUUACGGGCCCGAACAUGGGUGGCAAAAGUUGCUAUAUCCGACAAGUUGCUCUGAUAGCUAUUAUGGCACAGGUGGGUUCGUAUGUGCCUGCUUCUUCGGCAAAGCUCCAUGUAUUUGACUCUGUGCAUACUCGGAUGGGAGCAUCUGACAGUUUGCAAAAAGGCUCAAGCACAUUCCUUGAGGAGCUAAGUGAGGCUUCAGCGAUUUUGAGAAGUGCGUCCUCGCGGUCUUUAGUAAUAGUGGACGAGUUAGGCAGAGGGACUAGUACCCAUGAUGGUGUUGCCCUAGCGUAUGCAACCUUGCAUCACAUGCUGAGGGAGAUUCAAUGUCUUACACUUUUUGUCACGCACUAUCCCAAAAUUGCUGACUUGAGGGAUGAGUUUCCAGGUAUAGUGAACCCGUAUUUUGUAUCGUACUUAGCACAGGACUCAGCCCCAUGCACUCAAGCGACUCCUGCUACAGAUGGUAAAGAUCAGGACCAAGAGUUAGAUUCGCGGUACGUAUCAGAGGCCGCUCAAGACGUCACCUUCUUGUACAAAUUGGUCCCUGGUGUUGCAAGCAAAAGCUUUGGGCUGUACGUCGCCAAGAUAGCACAGAUCCCGGAAUCUUGUAUAAUCACCGCGUCUUCGAUGGCUCUAAAGCUGGAGAAGAUGGUGUGUGAUCGAGAGCAUAGAAGAGCUGCAACAAUGUGCAACACGCAAACAGCCAGUCAAGCGGAGUCAAGUGCAAUAGAAGCCAUCACAAAGCAGCAAAUGAGAUUAGGGGAUGAAAAUAUAGGGGCGGUUUUAGGUGCAAACAAGUCAUCAGACUGGAAACUCAUCGCAGACCCAGGGAAGCCAGUCGAGGCCAUUUGCCCGACUGACGCUGAAGAAAAUCUCUGGGUUGGGGAACAUGGGCAAAGCCCCAUGAAAGAAGCAGAGAUGAGCGUAGUUAAAGAUCUUCUGCAGCAACUAGAAAGGAGCUCAAGAGCUAUUGAUGACUCAGGGGCCUCUCUUGUUAGAUUGAAAAUCAUUCAGCGUCAUGUGAGGGCAGUUUAUAGCGGUACGAGAUAUGGUGACAUACACUCGAGAGGCCUUAUUGGCUCGUCGGAACCGUGAACACGUUAAUGGGCAUUCGUUAUAUUUUGGAAGGCUAAGCCUAGAAGGUUUGUAUAGUCUGCUGCGUAACUUCUGAAGGCAUCAAACCAAAAGUCUUCAAAUAAAGGGUACACAACUUGCGGCGAGAAAUUCACAC